AAGCUCUCAAAACUCUCCGACUCCCAUUGCAACACAACCACCCGUUCGCCAUGGCAGAAACGACUCCGCGCAUCACUGCGCCCUACCUCGAAAACUUCACUCACCAGACUGUCCGUAUCCUGGGCAAGGUGGCUCAGCUGCGUGGCGAGCAGGCAACCAUUGAUGCUGGUGGAUCAAUCACUCUCCACCUUAACCGGGACGCCCACCUCGUACCCAACAAUGCUGUCGAGGUCAUUGGCAAGGUCAACAAUGAUCUAAGCGUCAAGGUGCUCACCUCGACCGACUUUGGCCAAGGAAUCGAUUUCAAGGCUGCGGAGGCGGUCGUUGACGCAACACACCGCUACAAAGAGAUCUUCUACGGUAGCGAGGAAUGAGGCCUGAACUUUCGAGCACGGAGUACCGGCUCCACUGAGUGAAGGAACUCGAGCUGAAACAAUGCUAUGAAAUCGCAAACAGCAAUUAGAGAACGCCCUGCCAGACAAUUCCAGCACCCUCUGAAAAGGUUGAUAUUCUUGUACAAGGCAUAAUCUAGGCGUAUUUAAGGUCCAUAAGAAAAUGAAACCCAUAUCCCAUACCAGUCAAC